AUGCCUGGACCUGCCUACCUGAGGAGUUCCAGAGCCUCCCCAGACGCUGGCUAUACCCUGGCACCGCCACCAUCCUGGCACUGCCCAAGGCUAUACCUGCCUAGCCCUUUGGUUUCAGCCUGUGGAUAUCCACUCACCCCUACAGGCUCCUACUGCCCAUGCUAUGGCUUCUCAAGAGCUGUUACACAUCUCACCUCUGAGACGGUCGAUGUUAGGGAAGACACAAUGUUAAACACAAGCAACCCCUUUACAUUUGAGGGCGACAGCAUAAUCGCGGACUCGGACUUCUAUGAUCAGGACAACUAUGAAAUCCCAGAUCCUGGGGUGCUCUCAGAAAAACAUGAGUUGGGUCUGUUGGAGGAACCACAGGCCCCGCAGCUCUUUACCAAUUCCGAGAGGUGGCAGAACAUAAACCUGCGUACCCGUGCCCGACUACUGUGGCUACACCUACGCACAUACCUCCAUUACAUUGUGGAAAAGGAGAAGAAAGCAGAGCUGCGGGUCGCUCGCAUGGUACAUGGGCUGGAGCCACUGCGUCGCCUGAAGGUGGCAGCUGGGCUGUGCUCGGUAGCACAAGACCCAGCGCGUGACCGCUUUGUGGUACUAGAUGCUGCAGGUUGCCUACAUCAGCACACCAAGGAUGGCUGGGUGCUGGCAAAGCUGAAGGCUCCUGCCGUGCUUCAUGGGCUAGUGACUGUGCCUGGCCCUCUGGGAAAAGUGGGCCGCUUUGUAGGCUGGGGUCCAGCUGGACUGACAAUAUUAGGGGAAGACUUCAACCUGCUCUGGCUGAGCCAGCCACCAGUGAGCAAGACACUGGGCCAGGAGCCUUUUCACUGUUUACCAGUGCCCAGUCUAGGACUUUUGCUUGUGGCCCAGGUGGGUGGCAGCCUGGAGCUCUGGAAGUUCCGUUCAGGUGGUCGCCGCCUGGUGUCCUGUGGUUCACCUUUGCACCCACCACCAGGCUUGUCUGGCUCAUUCAGUUGUCUGGCCCUAGGGUCAGAAACUGACCCCUGCAACCAGUAUUGCUUUGCCGCCUAUGGCUCGGCGGUGCUCACUUUUGAUCUGGACUCUUGGACUCUCAUAAAUGUGUGCCAUGAUCUACACAAAACCGUCAUCUCAGACAUGGAGUACUGUGAGGAGGUGGAGGCCCUGAUGACGGCUUCCCGGGACAGUACCUUGAAGGUGUGGGAGGCCGACUGGCAGAUCCGGAUGGUGUUCGUGGGCCACACAGGCCCAGUGACCGCUAUGGUAGUGCUCCCAAACAGCGCGCUGGCAGUGUCUGCCUCACAGGACGGGACACUACGCACAUGGGACCUGCGGGCCGCAGCUCAGGUGGGAGAGGUAACACUGGAUUUGGGGAACCAAGAUGCUCUCUCUGAGAAAGUGAGCAAGUUGCUGGCUCCUGCACGUCCUGGCUGGCCAGUGCUCUGUCUCUGUUCAAAAAGUGUGGAUCUGUGGCAUAUGCGUGACCUCUAUUCACCGUUAGCACAGCUGUCCGCACCAGUGCUCCACGUUCAGAUAGCGCCAGUGCUGCCGACACCAAUCGAGCCGGCUCUGCCCUCUCGCCUUGUGUGCGCCUGUGCAGAUGGGUCGGUCUACCUGGUGUCAGCAACUACGGGACGAACCGUAAGUUCACUGCUGCUGGAGCCGGAGGACGCUGCCAUUGGGGUGGUUUAUUGUUUGACUCGAGAAGCUCUGUGGGUGUUGACGCGCUCGGGGGAGCUGGUGCGCGCCAAUGCAGCACGCUGCCCUAUGGUCGUGCUUCACCGCCUGCCCCCGCCUCCACCCCCAGCCCCGCAGCCCUGCUGCCUGCACCUCUACAGCCAUCUCACAGACCCUCAUAGUGCGUUUGCUUGCUGGGAGCUCGUACGCCAGUUUCGCGGCGACAUGCGCCGCAGUGCCAUUGCCUGGGCCUGGAAAAACAAGAACAGGUUCCUACCGAUAAUCGGGCACUCAGACGGCUCACUGUCUGUGAAGGACUGGCGCUCAUCCGAGACGGUCUUUCACACAGAAGCGCACAGCCUAGGACCAGUGACUGCUAUCGGGUCCACCUGGAACACCGUUGUGACCUCAGGUGGAGAUCUGACAGUAAAGAUGUGGCGUGUGUUCCCAUACGCCGAGGAAAGCCUAAGCCUGGUCCGCACCUUCUCUUGUUGCCACCCCGUGGUAAUGCUCUGUGUCCUGGGGAAGCGCAUCACUGUAGGCUUUGAGCAUCCAGAAACUGCCACCUAUGGCCUGGUGCAAUUUGGCCUGGGUGACAGAGUACGCUGUGACCACCGACCACAGGAUGACCCUAUGGACCACAUUACGGGCCUAUGCUGCUGCCCCACCCUCAAGAUUUAUGCCUGCUCCAGCCUAGAUUGCACCAUCCGAAUAUGGACCUGGAAUAACCGCCUGCUGCGGCUCCUGCAGCUGGACGGUCCCCCUCAGACCCUGACCUUCUCCAGCAACAGGGGAGACCUGGUACUCACACUAGGUUCCCGCCUUUGCCUGGUGCGCCAUACACUCUACCUACCCACAUCCUAUCUGCUUAAGCAAUUGUGCGAGAAGACCCCCGAGAUAAUGAACGACCCUCCGCUGUCACUGAGCAACCAGACGCCGCUGACGUCCACCCAGCUGCAGAGGCUUGCCAGCCUGCACGGAGCAGCCAGUCUCAGUGUAGACGUGCCCUUCAGCCAUGAGCAGACAGCAACACAUCAGCCAGUGUCGAAGGAGGACUUGGAGACUAUCAUAGCCCGGGAUCAAGAUCUUCAAGAACUAAGGGAAGGGUUGGUGGUCCCAGCAACUCUGCCCCCCCUACUCUCCUGGAAGCAGCAACAGGAAGCCUUUGACAGUUACUUACAGCGGAUCUAUGGGUCUGACAUGCUGGACAUAAAAAGUGAAUGGCUGUCCCUCCAGUGGAACCCAGACUACGAGGACAUUCCCACCAGUGAUGCUCCGGCGUGGUACCAACCCCCAGCCCCAGGAGCCCCAGGCAAGCGCUUCGCCCGCCCUCCCCAAGUCUCCUUGCCUAUUCCACCUACCUACCGAAAGGUGCAUAGCAGGGCAUCCCAGCUUCUAGCACAUUCCUCCCUGUGCUAUGAGCUGGGCCUCAGUUUAGAUCUGCGGGCACAGUGGGAUCAGUAUGAAGGACAGAUGGUGGACCUGGACUUAACGGCCUAUUACCAGCGGCCUAGGGUUCCAUUGUUGCUGCAAAGAAGGCCCAGGGAACUUCUCUCAAAACUCGGGGGCUUCUUUCCUGCCACCAUACAGCCCUUCAUGCAACACUCUCGGGUCAUCAGAUUUCCUGGCUGUGUGCCCAACUCUGUGAUACUGCGGCAGUUAUGGUUGCAUGAAGACGUCAAACGUCUCGGAUCUCUACAAGAGCUGGCCACCCUGAGUAAAAUGAAGCUACCUGGAAGCCGGGAUGGCUGGUGGCACAGGCCCGUAAAGUGUCCUCUGAGGUGGAGAAACAAACAGUUCCGCCACUGGCUUCACUAUAGACGCAGGAAAGGAAGAGAGUACCGUGAGGAGGAAGAGGACUUUGAGUAUGAGGACUUUGAGGAAUUGGAGCUGGAAUGGACCUCCAUCAUUUCUGAGCAGCCAGAACCCUGGGACGCAAAAAGUGAAACCACCUUGGACUGGAAACCUAGUCACGAUGCCUCCAGAACCAAGAUCAUCCCUGGGUACUCACUCUGGGAAGAUCCCUAUGGGCAUUUGCCCAAGUUCCUGCAUUAUUUUGUUGUUCAGAAUUGGUUCAAAAAGCUGUUCCCUAUCUUUUCCCUGAAGGCCUAUCCAGAGAUGGGCACCAUAGAGGGCCUGGUCUCUGCGUUUUUGGAAUUCCUGAUAAAAGCUAACUGGGCAGACCGAGUGAAUAUUCUAAAUGCCCUGCUAAGGCUGUUGCCUAAUGUCAGUGCUGAACUUCGCAUGCGGAUACAGGGCAAACUCUUAUACUUGCUCAACCAAGAUUUUCCCCCCAGCCUCCUGGACAUGACUCAGAAGGAGUUUGUGAUGCUGGCGUUUCAGUUGCUCCUGGCCUGCAGCUUGGAGGUCUUUGAUGUCCUGCUGGAAAUCAUGUCCUACUUCCUUUGUUCUCCAGCCAGCUGUCAGCCAGAGCUCAAGAGUCUGCUGAUUAGUCUGGGCCUCCGUGACCCACAUGACAUUCUGUUCAAGGAGAUGCUGACCUGGUCUGAGGGUGGCGCCCUUAAAUCCAAGUCCAUGAUUCGCGCACUGUGUCAAGAGAAACUUGAAGAAAUUGUUCUGGUGGGCCAAGGGCUGGGUGGCUCACCUACUGGGAACCUGUUGCCUUCUUCAGAGGUUCCCCCAAAAGACCAUGGGUGGUGCCUACAGGAGUGCCCCUGGGUUUUCCCAGAACAUUACUUGAGAGCUCCCUACACAGCAGAAAGAUAUACCUGGGUCAGGGUCAGGGUCAGGCAGAAGGAAGUUUCAGAGGUUCAGGUACAAGGGUCCAUGGAUCACUCUCCUAUAGAUGAAUACCUUGGAGCAGUCUGCAACCAGUAUUUCUGUGGAGCCCCUCCCCCCCAGGAGAUCUCUUCACAAGCCUCCCUCACUUCUGGGGCACCCCUGCCUGCCCUGAACAUCUCUUUGACACCCUCACAGACAUCAGAAUCAGCAGUUCGUGUUCAAGAGCUGCUGGCUUCACCUAGGGAAUCCAUCAUAGAACUCCAGACACAAGUGCACCGCUGGCCAAGCAGAAGAGCACUCUCUGAUACACUGCAGGCCUUCUCUUCUGGGUCUCAGGGCCCCUCUUCUGUACCUCAGAGCUACUUGGAGCUGUCCCUUCCUUCUAUAGUGAGAAGAGGGCCUCUGCCACUGGAGGAGACAGAAUGGUCACGCUGUCAGAUGAUGGACCUGUUUCAUAUUGAUGUGCUUAAUUUCUACUGUGAGAAGCAGCACGCACAGCAGAAGAGCUUGCUGGAGGAGGAAGAGGAGCAGCAGCAGUUACCCCUAGAUGAGCUAAGACCCAACAUUGUGGUGCGGCCGCCUCGGUAUCGCUGGCUCUAUCCCAUCCUCCGUCUGCAGGAGGCCAGGAGAUUCGUGAGUUAUCUCACCCAUGAGGGUCACAGGCUGUCCCACCAGGGCUUGGCUGAUGGUAUUUCCAUCCGGAUGCUGAAGCUGCCACUGCCACGAGUGGAGCUGCAGCCCUUUCCCCCAGGCUGGCCUUCACCCCCACGAGCUCUGCCCCCGUUGCUCCUUCAGCCUUCCCUACAACGGUAUUUUUUUGUCCGAAAGACAACCCCUGGCAAGCACAACUGACCUGGGGGACAAAGAGCCAAGGUUCCAUGGCCAAGUCCCAGUCCUACCACCUUGGCAAAUCACAAUA